AUGGUGCAAGAAACCUGGGAGAUUAUUGAACCGCACAAGAAAGAGAUCGGCGUCAAUGUCUUCAUAAGAUUUCUGUCGAUGAAUCCUAAAUUAAAGUCCAGCUUUAGUAGCUUUAAAAAUAUCUCAGUUGAUGAUAUCAACAAAAGCAAUGAUCAUCCCAGACGAUUAAUGGCUGCCAUCGAAAACUCUGUGUCCUCUCUCGACGAUCCGGAAACCUUUGCAGGUUACGUGCUGGAGCUGGGAAGAAGACACGCCAGACUCAAGUUCAAACUUUCCAAGUCUCACGUAAGAAUUUAG